AUGGCUCCUAAGCAGUUGCCAGUGGCUGAUGCGAAGGCAAAGGCCACGACAAAGGCGAAGGCGAAGGCGAAGGCUCAGGCAUUGCAACAGUAUGCUGAGCCCGAUGUGCCAACCCCGUUUGACGGCAACAGUGAUGACUUCAUCGCUCAGUUGCUUCAGAUGGAACAGAUGGAGGAGAUGAUGGGCACCGUUGCUUCGUCGUCCAACGACACCAUCGACAUGGUGCUCCCUCAGUUGGUGGAGAAGCUUGAGGGGUAUGCCAAGGCGAAGGACGCUCUACAGUCAGUGAAGAACGCCCGCAUCGCCAUUGCCAAAGCAUCGGCUCACCAAGUGGAGACAGAAGCCAAAGCAAAGGCUAAAUCCGCUGCCGCUGACGCCCAAAGGCAUCGCAACAUCACGCUGAGCGUCACCUUCAUGGACACAGAGAUGGAGAUUACGGUCAGUGCCUUCGUCAGCAUCGGGGAGUUCAGGCGUAUCAUCAUCAACCAGUGGAAUAUGAUGAACGCAGGGCCGACUAUGACAUUCGCCAACUCCAAGCGUAUCCGCUUGUCCUUGGAUGGCGUGCCCGUGCUGAAACAUCCUCGCUCCAAGCUCUACACCUCGGGCUUUGACAAUGACAGCGAGGUGACUGCUACUAUGAUGGACGAAGACGAUGGUGAGGAGGAAGACGAGGAUGAGGAGGGUGAGCAAUAG